GUGCAUCACCCGUGGUGAUUCAAGUGCCACCUGGCUAUCUCGCCCAUCCGGCUGGCCAUCUAAUGCUGCAAUAUCACGCCUUAUUUGCCUUAGAGCGACGUGAGUGGCAUCUGCUUCGUGCCUUGCUUAAGGCUGCGGCUACUGCGGCGCAACAACAGGCUCGUGCCAGCCGAGCAGCGGCCAGAGCAGCUGCUGUAGCGGCGGCGAUCCCAGCUGCAACAUCGGAAACAGUGUCUACAACUACGAUUUCAGCAUCAUCCGUGAUGCCAGAAGGCAAAGAAAUAGAGAAAGAAGUAUCUAGCGAAGCGGAGGACUCCGAUUUGACUGCUUCAAAUGAUGAUAACGAUGACGAAGAUUCAGCAAAUGCUGGCAGCAGCAGACAUGCUCGUUUAAGCAAGAGAAGGCGUCGUGAACUAGAAAGAAAUAGACAAAGACGCAGGAAAGAACGGCAAUUAGAGCGAAAAUUAAAGCGUCAGCUUGAAAAGGAAAGGGAAUCAGAGUUAAAACGCGAGAGAGAGCGAGAGAGGGAACAUGAGGAAAGGGAGCAAAUUAAGGCUUCACCUCAAUUGGUCUUUCGUUGGCGGCCUGAGGUUAUGCAAGCCCUCGCGCUUGGUAUUGCCAGUCUACCGCAGUCCAAUUCUCGUGACACUAAUUUUGUCAGAAGCGGAGAAGAGGGUUCCUCAUCUGAUAACCAAAGUUCAAGUUCUACAUCGGCAGGAAGUGGUGUGGACGUCAAAUCUUCAGUGAAUAACCCUGGCGGGGGUACUUCUUCUAGUUGCAUCAGUGGAGCAGGAUCAGCAGGGUCUGCUGUCAGCGGGAGAAGUGGUUUUACCGGCGGGGUAAUGAGCGCCGUUGGAAUUGGAGGCAUGGGAAACGCUGCCAUUAUCGGUGGACUUGAUUCUACAGCUUUAAAUGCUGUUGGAGGAAGUAGUGGUAGCAGCAGCAGCUCCUCAGUUGGUUGUGGCUCAGUUGCUAGUGGCGUCGGAGGACUUUCCUUUGUCUUGCCUUUCAGAUCCGGAGAUUCAGCCAACGAUCUUUCCAUGGCCGGAGAUACCGGUUUUUAUAAUCCAAUCGGACCUAACUGGCAAUCGUAUUCCUCUGUUGGUCAGUUAUUGAUGACGUUCUCGUAUCUUUUUGCCCUGGUUAUCUUAUAUUUAUGA